UAUAAAACCAGCUCGAUGGAGCACCUGCUGUCGAAAACCGGCGUUCACCAAGGAAAGCUAGACGUCACAAUGAAGAACGGCUACCAGCAUCUUCUCCUGCUUCUGUUCUGUUGUGGCUUAGUCAAAACGGGUCGUUUGCGAAGUCAGAUAAUCGGCGGCCAGGAAGCCAAGCCGCACUCCAGGCCUUACAUGGCCGCCUUGAAGCUGGGAGAUCAAUUUGGCUGCGGUGGAUUUCUGGUGGCGCCCCAAUGGGUCAUGACGGCAGCGCACUGCAUGGAUGACAUGACGGUUAUCUUGGGAGCCCACAAUCUUUAUGAGAUCGAAAAGUCUCAACAGGUGAUUGGGGUGGAAUCAUACCACAUGCACCCAGAAUACGACCAGUACACCACUUCGAACGAUAUACUUCUCCUGAAGCUGACAGCAAAAGCCACCCUGAACAAGUUUGUCCAGCCGGUGCCCUUGCCCAAAUCUAGCAGCGACCUCCCUGCGGGGGUGCCGUGCAGCUUGGCGGGAUGGGGCCUGAUCGACAAGGACGAAGCCACAGAAAAACUCUUCGAGAACAACAUCACGAUCGUCAGCCGCAAGCAGUGCAUGCGGUUUUACCCAGAACUCAACGACGGAAUGAUCUGCGCGGGCAGCCACAACCAGAUGCGGGAUUCAAGCCAGGGGGAUUCUGGUGGACCCAUGGUAUGCCACGGCGUGGUGCAAGGAAUCGUCUCUUUCGGCAAUCAUUUCCCUCCUGGGGUUUAUACCAGAAUUGCCAACUACCUUCCCUGGAUCAAGGAAACCAUGGGAGCUGACCUGUGAGAAGAGGAAUCCUCUCUGCUUUUCACAACGCCCCUUUUCUAAACUUCCUGUUCACUUAGCAACAUGUGUGGCUUGCAUUCCUCAGCUCCUCUUUCCCGACUGAUGUAGCAAAAAUUACAGAAAUUACAAGAA